AUGCGGCGCGCCUUUUUUACUGAAGAUGAAGUCAAACAGUCUGACGAGCGAAGACUUAAAUACCAAGGUACUGCUCGGGUGAAGAUUUCGGAAAUUGAAUUUGGGGCGUCAAAUUCCAGUGGAUUAUGCGAUGUUUUUCGCAAAAGUCGCUGUCGACGUUUCGAGCUCUCCAACUAUGUACCUGCAACUUUGUCCCAGGAGGCUCUGACAGAAGCACUGAAUAGAGCUGGUACCCCUGCUCGCUCGCUUCUCUUGAGCUCUGGAAAGGAUAUACCAUUCUUAUCCUUCUCAAAGGGUCAACUACAAGGCCUCUAUGGGCGACACCGCUUGCAUGCAGGGUUUAAGGUGCUGGCACCUGCUGAAAGAUGGUGGACCGUCGAUUUGUAUCUCCAUGAUAUUAGCGAUGCUCUCAGGACGUCAAUUGUCGAAGAGUAUUCAAACGAGAAAGGUUCAAUAGACAGAGAGAUAUACAGGAAAUUGCGCCAAUACGAAAGCGAAGGCAAUGAAUUGCUUUGUCAAAAGUGGCUUACACGCUUAUCCGAUUGUAAGCGCAAGCAUCCCGCCGUUGAUAAGGGCAUUUAG